AUGAGCAUCGCGAGGCCGAGCAUCGAGGCGCGGACGCCGCCGAUCGUCGUCGUCGACGUCCACCGUGUCGCGUACUCGGACGUCCCGACGCCCCAAGAGGUUGCGCUCUCCAAGGAGCUUCUUGCGCUACAAGCUGACCGCGACGUCAUCGAAGCGCGCUGCCGAAAGGAGAUUGUCCAGCUCGAGACACGCCUCCACGAAGCAGACCUUCGUGAAGGCGAGCUACUUCAGCGACUGCAAGCGACGCACCUCGACCAUGUCGAGCACGAGCAUGUCGCCGUCUUGGCCGAGCGCGAUGCGUGGAAAGAUCGGCUCGAGGCCAUGCAAGCAGAAGUCCAAAAGCACAAGAUCGCCCAGCGCGCCGAGGACGCGUGGCACCACCGAUUUGGCGAGCACAUGCUCGCGUCGCGGGCAACCGCGUCUGGCGCCGACGUCGUCUUUAGCCGCUUUGGACAAACGAUCGCAUUGCUCCCAGCGUUUGAAGCGCACAACGUCGUCCGCGCCGGGUCCCUCGCGUUCCUCGCCAACAUCCUUCGGGAAACCGAGAGCGAUAUGGUCGUCGGCCCUGUACUCGUCGCCCUCACGCAUAUUGCCAUCGCUCACGACGAGCUGCGCCAUGCGAUCGUGCUCGCUAACGCUCUUUCACCGCUCGUGCAUCUUCUCGAAACGAGCUCCAAUCCCGCAGUGCUAACUGAAGCCGCGCGACUCCUCGCGGCGUUGGCUUCGGCAGCUCCGAACAAGACCCCACUGGCAACCAAGCCGGCCGUCAAAGCGCUCGGACGCCUUCUCCUUGUGCACGAGGCGUCGUCGUCCGUGCUCGUGGCCUCCCUCGCAGCGCUUGUCAACCUCACCCACAGCGCGGACGUGCUGCGGACUCAGGUCGUGAACGCCAAUGUCGUGCCCAUAGUGUCUCGCCUCCUCGGAGAAUCUGCGGACCUCGCCGUCCAGGUCGAAGCAGCCAAUGUACUGUGCAAAGUCAGCUUCUCGGGUGUCUCGAACCAAACGACCGUGCUAAUGGCGCAAGGCGACGCCGAGCUCGUAUCUCGGCUGCGCGACAGCACCAACCUCGACAACAGCACCGACCUUGUCCGACAGCUUCAGCGUAGUGCAGCCUUGGGUGUCGCAAACCUGGCGUCUACGUCGUCGGCGCAGAUCGCGCUUGGCUACUGCGACGUGAGCACGUCCUGUUUGCAGCUGCUUGUCGAUGCCAAGCACCCGCCCGUCCUUGAAGCGUGUGCGCUCGUCGUUGCUGCCUUGUGUUACCAGUGCAAGGUCAAUAAGGUGCGGCUCGCGGCCCAGAACGGACUGCACGUGUGUGUUUAUGUGCUCGGCGAGCCACGGCGGUUUGGCGCUGAUGACGCUGUCCUGACCGCGACGUGCUUGGCGGUAGCGACGCUAGUGCUUACCGACGCCAACGCGAGGACGUUUGAUGACGUCGACGGCCCCUCGGUGCUCGUGCCGCUGUGUCUGCGAGCGUCGAUGCCGGCGCUUCUAGAGGCGAGUGCAAUGGCAAUCGCAGCGUUGGUACCGACACCCGAGUUCAAGCACAAGCGUCUGUCGUGCGGCAAAGCUCUUGCCGUCGAACGGGCCGGCGUGCCGUCGUGGCUGCAGACGGCGCUAAUGAUCUUCCGCGCUUCCUCGGGCGAGCUCGAAGCAUGUUUGACGAUUCAGGCGAGCGACGUGGACGUCACAAACCCGAGGUCGGACGAGCUCGAGAGCGUUCUGCCCGAAGUGUUUCCGCGCUCGUACCUCUGCCGCCAAGUGCUUUCGCACAUUUCCCCCGACCCCGUUUGCACUGAGUAUUACAAACCCAAGCCGGCGACACAGUAG